AUGAGCUGUGAUUGAUAUUUGUUAAAUAAAAAUAUGAAUUUUACAACUUUUAAAAUAUAUGUGAAAACCUAUCGAAAACUCAAUUUAAACAAAAGCCUAGCAUCAAAUAAGUGUGAUUAUAAAUAAACCAAUCCAAAUCCCACUAAAGAAAAAGGCUUUCAGGGUCCAAGGCCCUAAAAAUUAAACACCUAAAUAAAGCAAAAAUAAAAAGUGAAACAUUGCGAAAUAUUUUUACGAAAUUACGAUUUACUCAUUUUUGCAUUGAAUAUUUGUGCGUGUGUGCCAAGCAAAGUGAAAGUAAGCAUGGAGCUCAUGAAAAUGAAUAUGCGUAUUUCCAGAUUGCGAACGACAAAACUAAUAACGCGGAAUACAGUAGUUGCGCUGCUCUUCAUCUUCCUUGUAAAUCUCACCGAUAGCACGGCCAACUUUGGGUUCGACUCAGCGAACUCGUGUAACCCAAACGGUAAAAUUUCCCGGCGUGGACGUGCUCAGAUGCUGGCAGCGAUACCAUGUGAUCUGGCAAAGCAACCAUUUUGUCAUCUACCAGGUUCAAUUUAUCCGUGGCACGCGGUGCGGCGAUUCGUUCACGAGAAUCAGGGUCUGAUGAAGCGCAUGUACGGCGAUGUGCGACAUAUAUCAAUACUACGCGAUGAGAUACAGAAUAACGAAGUAGUCGAUGUGGACGACAUAGAAGACGCAGCGGAUCGGUAUUCGAAGACACCACGUGGAGCAAAGUUCAUGUUGCAACGCAGAGACGGAGACCGCGAUGAAUUUGGCAGUUACAAGGGCAUUGAUGUCAUCAAGGAGCCGCAUUUCCGGCCUGUAUCUGCAAUGGGAAGCACAACCACACCGUCCACAACAUCAACAACAGUCUCCAGCUCACCAACAACUGCUCCCACAUCAAGCUCAAGUAGCCCUACAACAUUAAGUAUAUCGUCAGGAGCCGCAAUUGACGAGUUGCAACUAGAGACAGUGCCGGAUGGUGACCGUGAGAGACCCAGUUUGGAGUCGAACAGCGUCUACGAGUUGCCCAGCAGCACAAGUUCCAAGACAGUCUCGACAAGCACCACAAGUCGCCCACAAACUACAGAAAGAGCUAAUUCCGAGUCUGGCGAUAAUAUAGAAGUCAUCGCCGCGCCACAGCUGGGAGAAGCCCCCAAGAAAGUCGAGGGUAGCCAGGGCCUUCACAAUAUAAGCAUAGCAACUGUUCCGGUCACUCUGGCUACUGUGGUAAAAGUCUCUACGACGGCAACUAAGCGUACCACAGCGGUGCCCAGUCGCAAACAGAAGCCCAGCGAGGCUCCCACUCCUUCUACAACUCCCCUAAAGGUGACUUUAAAAGCCACAAAUUCGAAUACGAGCACAGCAGACACGGCAGCAUCAGGUGCCACAGUCAGCAACACAAGCACAGUUGGAUUGAUGGCCCGCAAAAAUGUUACCAAAACGACGAUGGGAAGCACCACACCGGUGAGCUUCGCAUCGCUUUUCUCAUCCACAUUCACAGCUCUGAGUAUGGACAAACAAAAACGUCCACUAACAACCAGCACCACUGCAGCACCCCCGAUGACAUCCUCAAAGGCAGGUCUCUUGAAGGAGGGUGGCCAGCUCUUCCAGGAUGCCAUUAAGCAAGAACCCGUUGCGGUAACUAGCAACAUGCGUGGCGUCAAUGCUUGUCCAGUCAAGGAUGAGGUGGUUGCUCCAUUCUGGGCUAAUAACACACGCGGCGAGGUCUUGGCUCUGCUCAAUCUUUAUCCCUUCGAGCAGUACGUGCACUGGGAGAAGUGUACCCAUGAGUUCAAGCAGAUGUUCUGCCGCGAUGGAUGCCGCUGUGAGCAGCAGUAUCGAUUGCAUCGGCUAUUGGCCUAUGAUCCGCACAACGAAUGCCGUGGCAUAUUUUCAGACUGGUUUCGCUUUCCCUCAAGUUGCAUUUGCAAGUGCUACAAUAUACCCAUGGAAUUUCGUGCCACUUCGAGAAGUCCGCGUUCCGACAAUAGCUUCGAUGCACCACAAUCCCAGCCCAUCGACCCCAUAGGUGCUGCCGAGGCAGAAGUUCAGCGUGCUAUCUAUGAGCAUGCCACAGAUCAAUGGUAUCGGCCUCGUGAUGAGUUUGAUAUCUUUGAGGGCUAGUCACCCGAAUUCCUGAGCUAUGGAUUAGCUCAUCAGAAUGAGGCUUUGGACAGACCUAGUCCCUUGGAACUGUACAGUAAUAUGAAUAAAUUUAGGAUUCCCGCGCACUGAAAUAAAUUUCAUUAUCUUUGCUAAAUAAUUUUUUGAUUAGUGUAGAACUUUCCGACAAGAGAUCAAGCUAUUUAUUCUCAAUCAUAAUCAGCGUAGAAAUCCUAUUUAAAACACAGAUUUCCACUUCCCAGCCAGCUUGCUACGUAAGACAGUUUAUUCGGCUUUAUAGGUUGCAGGUUACCGGCACUCCACCCAAGCAGUUAUGAAUUCUCAUAAAUGGGGAAUUCCGUUCUUAGGUUAUAUUUAUAAAUUAUAAUUGAACAAAAAGGAAUGUGUUUUUGUAAAUAUAGUUAAACACAAAAUCCUACCCAGCGACAAUUUUACAGAGCGAAUGUACCUUAAAUUAUUUGUUAAACGAUUUCGUGGCAGCUACGUUUAAUAAAUAGUAUUAGCUAUUAAUCAUUUAUAUUACAUAACGCAACUGUGGCCAUAAAUAAAAUCAUUCUUUAUAAAUAAAAUGAAAAAUAAUUUGGAAAAAUACAUAUUUAU